GCUGCUGUCACUCGGUCGGUUCGGUUUGAUUUGGUUGGCGGGAAUACCUGAGCCGGGACAUCGCCUCAUAGUCCGACUGCAGUGGUUGUGAUUUUGUCUAAGAAGUUGCCGUCAUGGAUAGGUGUAAACUCCCUGUUAGAUCCCAGGCAGCCGUUACGAAAGACAAGUCUAAUGCUGCAGCUUCUACCCAUUUAAAGAGACCAGGCCAGCAGGUACUCAGUACAGAGCCAAAGAACACGUUACCGUCAUGUGAUGGCGCAGUGGGAGGAUUGAAAGCUGUCUCAAAUAGAUCCAGAGUCGAGACUGAACUUAAGGCUAAAAAUCGUCUUCUCAUGGCAGAGAAUGUCAACCUGCAGAACACUAUCAAAACUAUGGAAGCAAGCCAAGAGCAGCUAAAAGAUGAAGUAAGGGAGCUGAAACACCGUCUGCAAAAUAGAAACCCUGAACCAGUUUCAGAAUUGGCUACUCUGGUUUCACAAAAGAACAAGCAGAGAGACAAGGCAAAGGUUAUGGGAGACUUGCUUAUAAGGGAGCUGCAACAUACUAACCUGACAGGGGCCGACCAGAUACCAUUCGUCCAGUUUCUUGGGGUGAACCUGAGUGAAGCACGGCAAAGAAUGAGACAAUGUGUGGAAGGACAAGAAGCUUUCAAGCAGGAAAUAGAGCAGUAUAGACAUGCUCUGGAAGAAGCACAUGAGUGGCUGGCAACGUUGCCCACACAGAACUGACAGAUAAAACCUAAUAUGAUAUUCCUUUAUAGCAUGCAUUUCCAUCUGUGGAUUUAAUUGUGACACAACUAUCCAAAGGCAGAAGUCUCCUUUGAAAGAUUUUUUUUUUUUUUCCUUCUCUACAUAUAAUUAAAUUACUCCUCGGUUAAUAUCUCAUCCUUCCUCUAUGGGGUAGUCAUCUUUAGGCCUGCUGGAUCAGGAACACAGCUUAUUUUACCAGAAACCAUUCAGGCAAUCUUGAGCAGUGUGGGUUCAUGAAUUUAAAAUCAUGAGCAAGCACAGUAGAUCUUGAAAAGCUACAUAGGAAUGGUUUCCGAACUUGAAAUUGUGGUGUUUCAGAGGGCCCACAUGGUGCAGGCAGGGGUAAGCCACUAAUGUUAAUGUGUGAUAUUCACACAGUGGCUGUAUUCGAUGUGUUCAUAACCCCUCUGCUAGAACUGGUCCGAGAGACAUAAUAAUGUUCACCCAACGAAUGUAACGCCUGAGUUGAAGAUUAGUACCGUCUGUCUCCUUUCCUGUUAACAGCAUGUAAAGUGUUAAUUGUAAAAUAUUGAUGUUUAUUUGUGACUAUUAAAGACUUUGUACCUUUUAAAUAGCUAUAUGUAUAAUAUGAAGACAUUUUAAAUUCACUAUUUAAUAAACUUUAUUCACUAUUUAAUAAA